AUGACUUUGCUUGUGAGCAUUGGUUGUGUUUGUGUAACGGCGGUUGAAUCUGGUGGUCCUCCAGCUCUUGCUACCACGUCUGAUCUCGAUUCUAAUAAUUGUGCUCCAGAUUCUUCUGGUGGUUCUCAGUGUACUCAUAAAGGUGAUAAACCUGAUGAUCAUUCUAAAAAUUGUGAGGGUUCUCAAGAGAAAGGUCAAUGCCCUAACAGGGAAGAAGCCAUUGAAAGCAGUGUGGCUUUGGGACAUGAACAUGCGAAUGACCUUUCUCCUGCUCUUGAGGCAACGAGAGAUGGAUUAAAUAAUGACGUUUCGCAAAACGAUCGAAAUACACUGCGGGCAGACAAAGAAACAGGUGAGAAUUUAGAUAAUCUGAAGAGUCAAAACCCUGAUGUAAUUGAAAAAAGAGGACCAACACCAAGUCCAGAGGAUAGAACUCAUAGGGGACCUACUCAAUCAGAAGCUCAUGUACAGGUCCAAGCGCAACAAAGCGCACAAGAAGGAAUCCCUGGUUCUCCUCAAACGGAAGAAAGCAGCAAAGUAGUCAACAACCCCACGAGCUCAGGAGAACAAGAGACUCAAAGGAAUGAUAAUGAACUUAAUACGGAAUCCUCACCUCAACCAAAUCCACAACCACAAGAAAACAGUGAAUUGCAAUCAUCUGUCAUUGCUGGUGCUGAGACUCCUGCAUCAACUUCACCAGCGGAAACAGAGGGGAAUAAAGCAUCUGAUAAUAUAAAUGCUGGGAGUGUCAGUACACCUGCAGGGGAUGAAUCAACAAAUAACACAGCUACAAGCACCACCACCACCACAACAACAACAACAACUACAACAACACUCCCUCCUGAGACUGCAAACAACAAGAAGGGUGAUGCAGACAGCAGCAGCAGUAUCAGCAGUUCUGUGUGGGUGCGUGUGCCACUACUGAUUGUGGUUACACUGGCCUGUAUUCUUGUGUACUGA